AUGACCGCCGCAUCUGUAACGACAGCUGCACUAGUGGCCACAGAUGGCGGGCCAACCCUGCCUCAAGCUCAGCUGAGUGCUAUACCAGAGCCACCGGCGAUGCCCACAGCCGUAGGGGCACCUACAGGGUUUCACGUCGAGUUCCAGUCCGCACCUGUCCUCAACCCCCUAGAAGACGAACCCAGCAAAGCCCAAGGGAAUCUCCUCAUAGAAUCCCCCUACAUAACCCGCGAGCACCUCCUCGACCUUUCAACUCUCGACACACAGAACCGCCUCCUCGCGCAAGCCCUAACAACGCUCACCCCAGUGCGCCCGGACUACGCCACAGCGCCAUACACGGAAUCCUUCAAUUGGGACUUCGUUUUUCUGAAAUUUUACAGCCUCGCUGCAAAAGAGGGCUAUUCGUUGUCGCGGCAGAGUUUCUAUGUCGUCGUGUUCCGGUCCGUACUUCAAGCGAAUGCAGAUGGGGAUCGCCUACUUUUGCUGGAUGAGCGAUCCCAUGCGGAAGCUGUGAGUAGUGGCGGGCUUCUGAAGUAUUGGUUUGGGGUCAAGAAUGGGAGGAGGGAGAAUCUUGCUACUUGUUUAUGGAGAAAUCGAGAAGACGCAAGAGCAGGCGGUACUGGCCCCUGGCAUGCGCAGGCGCGUGCAGCUGCGAGGGAGAUGUAUGAGAAGAUUGAGUUUACAACAUUGGAGCUUGUUGUGGGUGAAAAAGCUGGGGAAUGGGAGUUUCGAGAGUGGAAGCAUUGA